AUGAGCUUGAAAGCACUAAGAUCACUAUGCCUCGAUGUGGAGCAUCUUUGGUCAGAUAAGCUAAUGGUGCAUAACUUUAAUGAGAAGGGGCAGAAGACUCUAGCUUCAUAUAUCUUCAGGGAUGGAGAGGAAUUUAGAAUCUUUGGUGACAUUCAAUCAUUUGCAGUACAUGAAGUGAAGAUAUAUGAAGAUGCAAAAUACUUCAUUCCAAAGAAGUUGAAGCCAUCAAAUUCUCUUGAGGUACAGACAUCAGAACUAGAGACUGCAAAGCAACCUAAACCAAGAAGAAGCAGGUGGGAAGAAAGAAGGCAACGCCGACUCUUCCCAAGCAUAACUACUGGUAUAAGAAGGAAAGAUCAUGCAUGGAAAUAUGAAACUCAAGUUGAAGUGUCUGGCGAAGGUGCAAAGAAGAUAUAUGUUUACAUGAAAUGUAAUUUCUGUGAGAAACGCAUAACUGGUGGCAUUAAGAGGUUGAAGGAUCAUCUAGCCUGUACUCAUGUCAAUGUGGGACCAUGUACAAAAGUACCUGAUAAGGUGAAAAAGGAAUGUACAUAUUAUUUAAAGAAGUUUGCCACCACAAAGAAGAUUACACAAAGAAAUAUGAAAGAGAUGAUAGGAAACACUUCUUAUUAUGGAUCACAGCAUGAAGGUUCCAGUAGUGGAAGCCAUCAAGUUUCUUCUAACCGAGGUACUCGAGGUCCUAUGGAUAGAUUUAUGAUAAAUAUUGGUGACGAUGAUAACAUAAACACUCAGGAACUUCAGCCUCCUACGGCUACAAAAGAACUCAGGAAUAAGGUUUGUUUGGAUAUCGCCAGAUUCAUCUAUGAAAAUGGGAUUUCAUUUAAUGUUGUUAGGAGUCCUUCAUGGAUUAAUAUGUUACGAUCUGUUGGAAGCUAUGGAAGAGGACUACAACUUCCAAGCAUGUAUGAACUGAGGACUUGGAUGCUGAAUGAGGAGUUCAAGACAACUUCAAAAAUGGUGGAUGAUGUUAAGAAGACUUGGAUUGAGACAGGAAUCACAAUAAUGUCAGAUGAUUGGUCAGAUAUUCGACAUAGAAGUAUUAUUAAUUUCUUGAUCAACAAUCCAUAUGGAAUAGUUUUUAUGAAAUCAGUGGAUGCUUCAAGUUUUCUAAAGGAUACACAAUUAUUGUUUGAAAUGUUGGAUGAAGUUGUUGAUGAAGUGGGGAGAAUGUUAAUGGAGAAGAGGCCUCACCUUUACUGGAAUCCUUGUGCUGCACAUUGCAUUGAUUUAAUGCUUGAGAAGUUGGGACAGUUACCUCAGCAUAAAUUAGCCUUAUUGAAGGCCAAAUUCGUUAGUAAGUUCAUAUACAAUCAUCCUUGGAGAUUCAAGGAGUUAAGGCAACCUUUGGAAGCUAUGUUUGCUUCUGAAGAAUGGGAUAAAAGUUCAUGGGAAAAAAAUAAAAAGGAAAAUAGUACAAAUUAUGCUUUGAAGACAACAACACUAUUAGUUAAGGUGCUUAGAAUAGUUGAUGGUGAGAGGACCCCGGCUAUGGGAUUUAUUUAUGAAGCAAUGAAUAGGGCUAAAGAAGAUAUUGCAAAAGAUUUGGGAGGUCAAGAAAGUGCCUACAAAGAAAUAUGGGAUAUUAUAGAUGAAAAGUGGGAUCGUCAAUUACACCAACACUUACAUGCUGCUGCAUACUAUUUAAACCCUCAAUUUCAUUAUGAUAAAGACUUUCAUGUUGAUAAAGAGGUGAAAACUGGUUUGUAUGCAUGUAUGGACAUACUCAUUUCUGAAGAAGACUACCUCAAAGUGAAUGAUCAACUUGAGAAAUUUCAUCUGAAGAAGGGAAUGCUUGGAUUUAGAGUAGCACAAGCAUGCUACAAAACACGAUCUCCUGAACGUUGGAGUCAGUUUGGAGAUGAUGUUCCUGGAUUGAAAGCUUUACAGUUAAAGUUCUUAGCCUAA